AUGCACGAUAACAUCAAGCAGACCCCAGCGACAGAAUGGAGCGAGCUAUUUACCCAUAAUCCCUCGAACGAGCCGACCACGUACAAGGCACUAGACAAUCUUGCGUCCAACGACGACCUCGCUUUUCUGCAUCAUCACUUCUGGCACGAGAUCCGUGAAUGGACCCGGAAUGAUAUCACGGAUAUGACGCGCAUUGUUCACCCAAAUCUAAUGGGAUCCGGGAGCAUAUUUAUCGGGGGUAUGAACCACGCGCUUAACGAGAGGAUCCUGGAAAAAAAUGAUAUACAGGCGGUUAUUGCUAUUCAUCCUAAGGACUCACUGGCGUGGGACAAGAACAACCCCUCCUCCGGGCUGCAAAGGUUCUUCCCUCACGAAAACGGCAUGGCAAGCAGCAAUAGUGUCGUGAAGUACCCACUCAUCAUUCCGCUCGAGGACCAUGUCAAUUCAAAUCUAAUCGACUACUUCGAUGAGACUAAUGCUUUUAUCAGGCGGCAUACUGUCGAGGGGAGGAAUAUCUUGAUCCACUGUAAAUCUGGGCGCUCACGCUCCGUCGCAGUGCUAAUCGCAUAUCUGCAACAAAAGUUCUACUCCGAGAAGUUUAUUGCGUCUCUGAAGGAUAAGGUCGAGGCCAAAGAGCAGAUGCGGUUACACCGCGAACAUGUGACGGAGGCGAUACGCAAGCAGCGCCUCCCUGUCGUCGUUAUAAUGGAACGUUUUGACGAGCUGUUAGCCCUCUACGACCUCCAACUCAUCGAUGCUUCAGCCUCCAAGAGCGAGAAGAGGAACAGGGCUCCCGCACCUGAGCCUGUGAAAUCUACAGUUCUUGAGCCAGGCAAGAAGCCGGAGCCAGGAGCGAAGAAGAGGAGUAAAGUCGUGCAGACAAAGGGUGGCGCGGCAGUGCUCAAGAUAUGUGUUGCUUCGGUAUUUUUCAAGAACAACCAGAAGCCAACAGAGGCCGUGAUUCAUCAAUUCUUUGAAAUCAAUGAGGCCUACUUCUAUGAGCUAGAAGCGCUAGAGUACAAGGGUAGGUCGUAUGUUGGAUCUGAACAUGCAUGUCGAGGUCUUGUGGAAUUCUGCUUUAGUUACGCGCAAGAUGAGUAUGGCCUCGUGUUGCCAAAAGAUAUAGAAGAGCACGCUAAGAGAGUCAUAUCUAAAUAG